AAUUCCAUAGAGUUCUCAGUCUCAUGUGUCAACUUAUUGAUCAAGUUCAGUAUAGAAACUUAAUAGAGGAAACUCAGGAGGUUGUGUUUUAAGUUCUAGAGGGUUGUGUCUCUUUUAAGCUGUGGUUUAGGACAUGGGAGAGUGAGAAAAUAGAAGAUGUUCUAAAGCAUCUUUACCAAUGCAUCUUUUCCGAUAGCCCUCAUGUUGAACAAUAAUUUUAUUGAAGCCUCUCGAAGUUCUACCAACUAGUUGCUUUGAAAUUUUGAUUUGAGAAAUGGAUUCAAUUAAGAAAUUCUCUGCGGUCUUCCCAGAAAAAUUCCGUUGGAAACCUAGUACUAGAUAUGAAAUAAGCUAGUAAGGUUCCUCAAAACCAAAACCAUCACAAUGUUAUUUGUUUCUUGGAUGCAUUUUCAGCAGCAACAGAUGCAGAGGAUGCAGUUUCAACAGCAACAGAUAAUAUUUUAGGUUGAUAUGUACUCAAGAAGUAACAGUGGCAUAUUCUAAGCAUUAAAUGGACAGAUUUUGGAAUAGAAAGUCAGAUGUGGAGUGUUUUGAGAAGUGGAUGGCUAAAAUACAAAAAAGUAGCUACUUAAGUAAAAAAUGUAAAAUUGGCCUAAAACUUUGCCCAGGCCAAUGCUAUUGCUCUAAUCUCAAGCAUAAAGAGGGGAAAAUAGGUGAAUACUUGGAGAAAGUUUUGAUCGGAUCAGUUUGACCUGAGGUUUCUAACUUUACCAGAGAAAGCUUAACCCUAAUCCUACCAUAAAGAGAGAUAGAGAGAGCAGAAGCUCAUGUCUACGGAAACUAAAGCCUCAUCAGGUCUUCAAAAGCGGCGCUUGUCUUGCUCUACCUGCUUUGAUGCUCUCUGGUUUUGCUACUCACCUGUUCAUCAGAUGCAGCAGUAUUAUAGGCUUGGUGUUCUUGAUAACUGUUCUGAGAAAUGGAGUGUUUUAUAUGAUUGUUUGAAACUGAAGACAAAACAGUCCACUGAGGUGCAGGAAAUUCUAGAAGCUCGUGAGAGAGCCAAACCUCACAUCUGGACUAUUCGAACCCCUGAAGAAGCAUCAUCACACUGGAAAGAAUUGUACGGUCAUUUAGAUGAACCAGAGUGACUAAGGUCCAACACUUGCACAACUUUCAUAUCUUCUUCUUUUUUAAUCUUUUUCCUCCAACUAGACCCUGAACAUAUUUUGAUCCCGAAACCAAAGAAUUUACACAGGAUGUGGACUCAACUUGAUUGGAAUAUUCCAAUAAUGGGAGAGGGUGAUUCCUUAAUCGCAGUUUUAUAUUCAUUUUAAUCGUUUAGUAGAAAUGAAUUCUGAAUUAAACAAACAGAAAAGAUAAAUGAAAUAAAUAAUCUAAUUCUUGCGCUGGUGUUA